AAGUUGGCCGCCCAGCAGUCGGGCGGCUGCCUUGUGCCCGGCACCUUCUCACCUGACAGGGGCAACUUCCCCCGGCAGACAGCCAGGACCUGGCUCAUCCCUGCCUCCAGAUCGCCCGGGCUGCGCUGCGCUGCACAGUCACUCACAGCUGCCACGUGAACCAGGGACCUUCAUCUUCAUGACGGAAGAGAGCGUCAUGGCCUUUAGGAUUCAAGAUUUUACUAGGCUGAGGAUUGACCGGGACUGAAAGAUUCUGGGUUACUCAUAAAUCUCCCCAAACUAACACACACACACAGUCCCUCUCUCCUCAUUGCUACCGUUAUUGGUUGUGAGUAGAAAGAUGGCAUCCAGCCUUACUUGCACUGGGAUGAUCUGGGCACUUCUCUCCUUCCUCUGCGCUGCUGCUUCCUGCAUAGGAUUCUUUAUGCCCUACUGGCUGUUGGGGUCUCAGCUGGAGAAGUCAGUGUCCUUUGGCACUUUCCGGAGGUGUUCCUAUCCAGUGCGGGAUGAGAGCCGCCAGACUACAGUGAUGGUAGAGCAGUGUGGCCGCUACGCAUCCUUCCAGGCCAUCCCAAGUGCUGAGUGGAGGAUCUGCACCGUGGUGACGGGGCUGGGCUGUGGCCUCCUCCUUUUGGUGGCGCUGACUGCACUCAUGGGCUGCUGUGUGUCCGAGCUCAUCUCCAGAACUGUGGGCAGGGUAGCAGGAGGCAUCCAGUUUCUGGGAGGCUUGUUGAUUGGCUCUGGCUGUGCUCUCUAUCCUUUGGGUUGGGACAGUGAAGAAGUUAGACAGACCUGUGGCAACCUUUCCAACCAGUUUGAAUUGGGUACUUGUGAAAUUGGCUGGGCUUACUACUGCACCGGAGGAGGAGCAGCUGCCGCUAUGUUAAUCUGCACUUGGUUGGCCUGCUUCUCUGGCAAGAAACAGAAACAGUACCCUUACUGAGGCUGGUGGCCUGAGAGUCCAGUUUAGAGAAUGAAUGAGCUUCGAGAGGCCGAAGUGACUUGCAGACUUCUUCUUCUGAACAAAGCGCUUUAGCUCCUAGCUGCAGAACAGCCAUUAUGAAAUGAGAAUGGACCUGGUCAAGGACGUGAGGUGACACUGUGAAUUGUGGGGAGGGUGGGGAGUCUGGAAAGCUGGACCAAAUGCUGUGACUCUCGGAAGGCAUGGGCAGUUCUUGCUUGACAGAGUAUAUUUCUGGUCUGUUCUAGAAGAAUACAAUUUUACGAGCAAGGAAUGCUCCCCUUUGUUAAAUUGUGAAGGUAUGGGUGUACCAAUGAAUUGAAAGACUGGUGAAAAUAAUAUUUUGGGUAGGGUAUAAUCUUCCAAAAUUCCCCUUAAGCACAACACUCCUGAAAGUGUGCGUGCACACACAUACACAC